AUGGCCGACAAAAAUAUCUCGAUUUUAUUAUUAACUGGACCUCCAGGCGUUGGCAAAACCACAUUAGUACGCAAAGUAUGCCUUGAUCUUCUGGAAACACAUAAAAUAAUUUGUGAUGGAUUUUACACAGAGGAGGUACGAGAUUCUAGCCGGCAACGAAUUGGAUUCGAUAUUACCACAAUAGCGGAAAAGAGAACAUCGAAAUUAGCAAGAGUGGAUGCCAAUAUCAAAGGUCCCUAUGUGGGGAAAUAUGGUGUAUUUGUAAAAGAGUUUGAAGAUCUUGCACUGCCUCUACUGCGACAAGUAAAAACACUUCAAUUACUAGUAUUGGAUGAAAUUGGUAAAAUGGAACUUAAAAGUAAACGAUUUGAAAGUGCUGUGUACAAUUGCCUAGAAGCAGGUGGAACAAUCUUAGCCACUGUACCCUUUGAGAUGAGACAACCUCUGACUCUGGUUGAAAAGCUUAAAAAGCAUCCGCAUUCUAAGACAAUUGUGGUAACAAAAGAUAAUCGUAAUCAUCUUCAAAGUGAAAUUAUUGAAUAUUUAUUGAAUACGAUCAAGAAAUAA